AAUUGUAAAUCAAGCCUUUAGUGUACUAUGAAUCUUUUAUCAAAUUUAGUAAGGAACUUAACUUGUAGAACUAACGCGUUAUCUAAAAAUACAAUUAAUAAUAAUUUGAUCAAAAGACUUUGUAGUAAUCAUAAUAACAAUGAAAAUAGAAAACGAAGUAUUCGGUCCACCUUGUAUUACGUGACAGCAGCUGGUAUUGUAACAGUGGGAUUAAGCUAUGCCGCUGUACCUUUAUACAGAUUGUUUUGUCAAGCCUACAGUUAUGGAGGAACUGUAGCCUUAGGACAUGAUGCUAACAAAGUUGAAAAUAUGUCAGCAGUGAAAAACAAACUUAUAAAAAUCAAAUUCAAUGCUGAUACUGCUGCUAGUAUGAGAUGGAACUUCAAACCACAACAAACAGAAAUCAUGGUAUUUCCAGGGGAAACAGCUUUAGCCUUUUAUACUGCAAUGAAUCCCACAGAUAAGCCAGUUAUAGGUAUAAGUACAUACAAUGUCGUACCAUUUGAAGCAGGACAGUAUUUUAAUAAGAUACAAUGUUUUUGUUUUGAAGAACAAAUGCUUAACCCACAUGAACAGGUGGAUAUGCCUGUAUUCUUUUAUAUAGAUCCAGAAAUAACUGAAGAUCCAUAUAUGGAAUUUGUUAAUGAAAUAACUCUUUCAUACACUUUCUUUGAAGCUAAAGAAGGCCUACAACUACCACUUCCAACAUUUGUUAAAUAAUGUUACAUUCAAUAAAAAAAUUGUUGAAUUAUAA